AUGAGCGAUCCAAAGCAGAUCUGGGAUGCGUUCAACGCCGCCAGCGGGUUCUUAAAACCAGUUCUCGAUAGAGGCAUGCAAAUCGCACAAUCACAAGGGCAAUCUCUUGUGGAGAUAUUGAGCCGGCCUCUGGAACUUUCGCUAGCCAGAGAUGCGGAUGGUAGAACAGCCGUCGUCAGCAAGGCACUAGAUAUCCUGAGUGCAAUCCAUAGUGCAUUUAUCACGCCAGUGAACUCCGAAGAGCUGCCACAGCAACCUCAUGUCAAGGUUGAGAAUCCAGGUCUCGAAGAUGCGAAGCGCCGCCAGAUGAUCCAUGCAUUGCUGGACCUAAUCUCUUUAGAGGGAAUAUAUCCGUCCCUCUCAUCCGGCGUUGGCAUUCCGUUACAACGACGAGUGAUUUCGGUGCUACCAGCCGGAGUUAUUGCAAAGCAGACUUCGGUACCUGCAAGCAGCGUGCCCCAUGAUGAAGCUCUGCUUAAUCGGAUUAUGAAAGUGCUUCUUAGCAUCACCCUGGAUGACAGAGAGAGCAUUCAGCCAAUUAUUCGAGGUCGCAUUCUGAGUGAUAUUAUCAGUGGUGCUGCCGAUCUUGCCUUCAACCCCAAUACUGUCGCUUCGGAGGCGAAGACCUAUUACCAAAAGGCUUUUCGCAAAAUCAUUGAUGACACUCCAAGCUCAGUCCUCCUACCCACUCUGUCUGCAUUCCUUCAGGUAGAGACAGCACCAUGGUUCAAGUCCACCAUAUCGAAGCAAAUCGCUCAUAUACCACUUCGGCUGGGUGGUGUUUUACACACGAUCAUGUUUAUCGCGUCGCAAGUUGCCCCGACCCUCGGACAUGAAGCCAAAAGCGAGCCAUCCAUCGGUCCUCAUUUCACGGUGCAGGGCAUGAUGCAAAUCUCAAGAUUACUUUCGUCAGUUCCACAGGACGUUGAGCCAACAACAUACUUCCAUGCUAUUGGUCCACAACUCUUAGAGCUACUGGAUGGUGAUGACCCCGACUUGAAGAGAACUGCUUCCUAUGUCAUUGGGAAUGGAAUCCUAGGAAAGCGUGCGUACGGCGCCCCUAAUACCAUCGGCCACUCCAUAUUUGUUGAGCCAGUCUUUGCGGCGCUGACUGCCGAACUUGAUCAUUCUUCGAUGCGCUGGUUGUCACAGCCUACUGAAAAUGAAGGGCCAGUUUCUUCUAAACCUGGAAAACGAUCUUUGUCGGAACUAGUUGUUGAAGGAGACCUUGUGGAUCUCGCACUGGAAAGGCUGAAAAACCUCGCGCUGCAGCAUCCAAAUCCUGGACUUGUCAAGAGGAUCAUAUAUCCUAUUCUACUCCCACUUUGGGGCCUGGCUUGUUAUUCUCAACAAGAGCAAUUGACAAGUACCCACGAAAAGGUGAUGGCUCUCCUGCAGACAUACUUCAGCAUAUCUGUCGGGGUUCAACCCCUGAAAAAACUGGUUGAUAAUCUUCUCUGGGAUGGGGGAUCGACUUGGACGUAUACUAAAUCAUCGAACGGGCGGGUUGCGUUGAAAAAGCGAACAGAUUCUGAGAACGACCUGUCUGAUAUCAUUCGACUAAUGGAUACGCUCCAAAGCAGAGUGGAUCUUUUUGUCAGCCUCCUUGGCUCGGACCCGAGUACCGAGGAGAGGACUGGUGAUAUCUUUCUGCAUGUUAGCCAGUCCUGGCUUGUGCAGUCUCAUGAUGCUACGAGCACCGGUGCAUCGAUUAAAACUGAAAGGAUUGGCGAUUCUGAAAACAUCAUGCAAAAGCUCAUCUGCGCAAAGGUCGCCGAGAAGCUGCUCGACAACUUCAAGGAUACUUUGUCACGACGUCCUCUACGGGUACUUGAACUGAUAAAGCAAGUCAUUGAUGGAGAGCUACAUGCAUUGAGCGGCAAAGAGACACAAAGGCGGUCUCAAAAGGUCGGUAAGGUCUCGUUGUCGUCACUUGCCAGCAUUGUGCCUGAGGAAACCCAUGAUCAAGAGGACGGAUCUGAUCAAGACACCUCCGAGUCAUUGUCUACUGCUUUCAGCUUAUUGUCGACGGUUCUUGCAUCUCCCGAGUUCUCUUUAUCACAAGAGACGAAAUUCCUUCUCGAGUCGAUCAAAGAACACCUAGACAAACUCAUUCCACUCCUCCCGAGUGCACUGUCAAAACCGGCUACCACAUCAUCGAUGCUCUUGGAGAUUCAACUUACAUCUCCCGAGCACGACGAUACAAAGCCCAUUCCUCCGCACAUCACAGACCUCGAGACGCAUCGUCAAGCACUCGCAAACCUUAGCUCGGAGCUGCCCCCCGUCCAGGCCGAGGGAUUCUCACUACUAUCAAAAUUAAUCAUGAAAUCAUCCCCCGUGCUGGAUAUCCCUUCAACCCUAACUCUCCUACUCUCCAUCAUCACCGACGUCUCCGAGGCAACUGCAAAUGACGAAUUCAUCUAUCUCAAUGCCAUCAAACUCAUCGGCACGCUUGCCUCACGUCACCCUCGCACCGUCGUCAAGACCCUAGUAGACAACUACACCGACAAGAGCGAACAGCGAACUCUAGACCAGCGUCUAAAAAUCGGCGAAUCACUCCUUCGAACAGCACAAGACCUAGGCGAGGCAUUAACCGGAGAAACCGCCAAAAUCCUCGGCGAAGGCAUCAUCGCCGUCGCUGGACGCCGCGGCCACAAACCACAGACCCAAACGGCACGCCAACAGCAAGAAGAAAAGGAACGAAGACGACAAGCGCGCGAGGAGCGGAAACAGAAAGAGUUGGGCAUGCCUAAUCUCGCAGAACUCAUCGACUCCGAUUCUGAAACCGAAACUCCCGAGCAAAACGCUCACGCCGCAGCUAUCGUCGCCGCAUGGGGUGUGGGCGCGUCCUCAGACGAACAACCCGAAGACCUCCGCGUACGCGCCUCGGCACUGUCCAUCCUCGCCUCCGCCGUACAAACCAACAUCAUCGGCCUCGGACCUGUAAUCAUCUCUUCAUCAGUGGACCUUGCCCUCACCACGCUCACCUUAGAACCGGCCCCCGAAAGCGCGAUCCUGCGGCGCGCCAGCGUGGUCCUCAUUCUGGAUAUUCUGAAAGCUCUCGAUGCGGCGCGGGAAGCCCGGAAUGGGCAGGAUAUCGGAUUUGGAUUCUCUCUCGCGGAUGACGGGAUUCUCCCUGGUCCACGGGGUAGUCUUGCACGCGGUCCAUCGACAGUGGGUAAUAUACCGAGUAUGCUGCACACGCUCGGGUUUGUCGAGAGUGUCGAGACCGAUGGGAUUGUGCGGGGACAUUUGCGUGUGCUGAUUGAGAGUUUGGAGGCUUGGAUGGAGAAGUCGUUGAUGUGGGGGAUUGGUGCUCAGGGUGGUGGGGAACCGAGACUGGAGCUUGGGGAUCGCAUUGCUGGGUUGAGUGUCGAUCCGUUGGCUGGGAGGGAUUCUGGGAGACCGCGCAUUGAGGAGAUUGAGUAG